UGGGAGGAGGCUGCUCGGCCCCCGGGAUCCUCGCGGCGACUUUGCCCAGUAGAAAUAGAUAUGAUUGUAGGAAAAGAUCGGGAAGGUUUCUUUACCAACGGUUUGACUCUUGGCGCAAAGAAGUGCUCAGUGAUCAGAGACAGUCUGUAUGUGGAUGGUGACUGCACAAUGGACAUCAGGACAAAGAGUCAAGGUGGGGAGCCAACAUACAACGUUGCAGUGGGCAGAGCUGGCAGAGUCUUGGUCUUUGUAAUGGGAAAAGAAGGGGUCCAUGGAGGCGGCUUGAAUAAGAAGGCAUACUCAAUGGCAAACAUUGGUUAUAGUCAUGGGAAAGGAAGGUGUCCACGGAGGCACACUUAACAAGAAAGCAUAUGAACUCGCU